AUGUCAAUUGAAAGUUACUCGCCAGAGGCAGAAAUAUUCACUGACAGUGGAGGAGAAGAUCCAGCUUCUGAUUUUGGAGAUGAUUUGGAGUUGAAUCAUUUUGAUGGGCUAACCUUUUCCUCUCGUUACUACAAGUUACUGGAAGAGAGGAAGAGUCUUUCAGUGUGGAGGAUCAGGAAUCAGUUUGAAGAUGCUCUGCAAAACAACCAGUUGGUGAUUGUAUCUGGAGUUGCACAAACUGGCAGGAGUACAGAGAUUCCUCAGUGGUGUGCAGAGUUCUGCUUGUCUGCCCAGUUUCAGCAUGGCAUGGUUGUGUGCACACAGACCAACAAACAGCAGGCUGUGGAUCUUGUCCUGCGUGUGGCCGAUGAAAUGGACGUGAACAUCGGCCAUGAAGUGGGCUACACUAUUCCUCUAGAGACCUGCUGCUCCUCUGACACUGUCUUAAGGUACUGCACUGAUGACAUGUUGCUGAGAGAGAUGAUGUCAGACCCUCUUCUGGAGCAAUAUGGAGUCAUUAUUAUAGACCAGGCCCAUGAGAGGACAGCAAGCACAGACAUCCUCCUGGGUUUCCUAAAGAACAUCCUGCUGCAGAGACCAGAGCUCAGGGUUGUUGUCCUCACCAUGUCCCAUGUGGUGGAGAAGCUCCUGGGACACUAUGGAAGCGUCCCUCUUCUCAACCUUGAGGCGUGUGGUUCUCCAGAGGUGGUCUACUACAACAUCAGCAGCAAAGAUUACUUUUCCUCUGCAAUAGCAUUGAUUCAGGAGAUCCACCGUACAAAGGAGAGCGGAGAUGUUGCUGUGUUUUUUACAUCAGAGGAGGAAGUCCACCACGCUUGGAGCAUCAUACAGAGUGAGGGCCCCAGGUCGGUAGAGGAACUGGACCAAAUCAGGCCAGUCAUCCUGUGCCAAAGCCAGCAAGGGCUGCGCCCUUUACUGACCCAGCAAGUGGGCGGCAUGAACUCCAGGAGGGUUUUUCUUUUGACCCAACAACAGGAGGAUUUGUGCUGGACAGAGCAAUCGGUCAACUUUGUUAUCGACACAGGUGUUCAGACAAAAAUGGUUUACAAUCCAAGAGUACGAGCUUACUCUGCGGUGCAUGAGCCCAUCAGUCGGUGUCAAGCAGAUAUACGCAGACACCUCUGUGGACCAACAGGUAAAUGUUUCCGUCUGUAUCCUGAGGCGGGCCUACCCCAGGCUGAGACCUAUCCGCAGAUUUUGGACUGCAACAUUACACCUCUGGUUCUCUUCCUAAAGAGGAUGGAGAUAGCAGGUCUUGGACCGUGUCACUUCAUCGAUAGACCAGAUCCAGAAGGACUCAUGCAGGCCUUUGAGGAGCUGGACUACCUGGCAGCUUUAGAUGAUGAUGGGAACUUGUCUGAAAUUGGUAUUAUCCUGUCUGAAAUCCCCCUGGAUCCUCAGAUGGCCAAAGCCCUGUUAGCGUCCUGCGAGUUUGACUGUGUGAGUGAGAUGCUAACCAUCAUAGCCAUGCUGUCAGCACCAAGCUGCUUCCUGCAGCCAGCCAGUCAGAGUCACAGAAAGUUCCAACAUCCUGAGGGCGAUCACUUCACACUUAUAAAUAUCUAUAACGCCUUUAAAGAAAAACAAAGGAACCAGUACUUAAAUGUUAAAACCUGGUGCCAGGAUUACUUUCUGGAUUAUUCUGCUCUGAUGAUCGCUGACACCAUUAGGUUAGAGCUGACCGGCACCCUGAACAGAAUCGAGCUUCCCAUAUCUGAACCAUCCUUUGGAACCAAAACAAACACUGACAACAUAAAAAGAGCUCUGCUGGCUGGAUUCUUCAUGCAGGUUGCUCGAGACAUGGACGGAUCAGGGAAUUAUCUCAUUCUGACACACAAGCAUGUGGCCCAGCUGCACCCGUUUUCCAGCUACGGAGCCCAGUCACACAAACUGGGAGUGCCUCAGUGGGUUCUCUUUAAUGAAUAUGCCCCAUCUGAACACAACAGCAUCAAAACAGUCUCUGAAAUCUCCCCUCAAAAGUUCCUUGAAAUGGCACCACUAUACUUCUUCUACAAUCUGCCCCCUAGUGAAAGCAAAGACGUACUGCAGGAAAUGCUGAACGCUGAGGAUUCCAGACAUUGCUCAAAGAAACAAACCACGAACGGAAGCAUUGAUGCUGACAGAAGCUGUGCAUAUGAGACACAGACUGAUAAAUGUGUGAUUCAGUGAGCAAAAGUUAAAAACAUAACAAAACAAAA